CGAGCAAUUACGCUCUGACCAUUCUUACAGGACCAACCUCGCCGUCUCAGAUGACAUUUUUGUUUUGUUUUGUACAUCCUAUAAUCCUAUCUCAGAAGACUAGCCUCCGCCUCGGGAUCAAGAUCUCCUCAUCGACAUAGAGUAAACUUGCGUAGUCUGAGGGAGAAAGUAAGAGAACAGAGAAAUUCAGUAAUGGCGCUCUUCACGUACACCAUGGCAGGCGCUGGAUUCAUUCUGAUCGGUGCAUGGGAAGCCCUCACGUCCUCAAAUUCAUCCCGUAAUCCAAUCCAAAAUUCGUUUCCAUCUUCAACCUCAACUUCGAUUCGCACAUCAACACAGGCUUCAUCGUCGAGAACCAAAAAGAACCAAUUUUAUCCUUCUUUGACCUUCAUCUCCGUCUCUGUCCUCUCCUUCUUAUUCGUUUUAAACUCUAUGGUCUCCUUCGUUGACGCGUUCAAUUCUGGUGACAAAGUCGGCUCUGCACUCCAAUUACAAGUCCUCGCCAUUGCGUCGCUCUUUCUGCUAUAUUCCAUUACGGGUUUCUUGGUAAAUUUUACGAAUUCAAUUCCUCUGCCUUGUUCGAUUCUUAGUUUGAUUGGUCUUUUCGCUUUCGUCGAAGAGUUUUUGCUGUUUUACUUACAGAGGAAAGACCCAAGUGGAAUUGAGAACCGGUAUUUCGAUCUGUUGCUUGUACCUAUAACUGUUUGUUUAUUCUCCACAGUGAUGGAAUUGAGAUCCCCGACAUCGAACUACCCGAAGUUGGCUCGUGGGGUUGGGUUAAUUUUACAGGGUACAUGGUUUGUGCAAAUGGGUCUUUCUUUUUACACCAAUUUGAUCACUAGUGGGUGCUCUUUGCACGAAAAGAGUAGAGGGAAUUACACUCUCAGGUGUAAGGGACACCCUGAGUAUCACCGAGCAAGAGCGAUUGCCACGCUUCAAUUUAAUUGUCAUCUCGCUCUUCUUGUGGUGUCGAUUGUGGGGGUGUACUCACUUUUUGUGAGGAAAUAUGGAGCCCCUGGUGAUUUUACACAGUAUAAACCUCUCAGUGCAGAAAUGCAGCAAUUUGAGAAUGCGCAAUUUACUUUGGAUUCUGAUGAUGAUGGUGGUGAAGAAAUUAAGGAAGAGGACAAUGGGGGACAGCAGAGGUUAGACGUGGUGGAAUCGGGUGCGAAUGGUUAUGGCACUCAUAAAUGAGGUAAAUCUAGUAGCUGGUGAACGUAAUAUUUCAAAAUUUUUUAUCAUUUUCUAUGUGAUCAGUGCUGAGAUUUUGGUUCACUUUUGUGUUAGUGAAUCGAGGUAGCAGUUCUACUGGAUUUCAGUCUUUGUAUAUUUGGUUCUAGCUCUCUGUAGUAAUGGAUUUCAAGGUGCUUAUAGAAAUGUAAUACAUUAUACCCUCA